CGCGGGCCCGCACCGAGGCGAGGAGCGCGGCGCACGGAGGAGGCGAGGGCCGCGGGCGGGAGCGCGGGCGGGCGGCCGGCCUUGGACGGGUAUGGCGGACCGGCGGCGCGCGUGGAACACGGAGGACGACCUGCCCGUGUACCUGGCGCGGCCGGGCAGCGCGGCGCAGACCCCGCGCCAGAAGUACGGCGGCAUGUUCGCCGCGGUGGAGGGCGCCUACGAGAACAAGACCAUCGACUUCGACGCGUACAGCGUGGGCCGCCGCGGCUCGGCUCGCACGCCGCGCAGCGCGGGCCGGCCCGACGCGGUCGGCCUGCCGGGGCCAGGCGGCAGCGAGGACACGGCCAGCGACGUGAGCGAGCCCUCGGGUUCGGCCGUCAGCUCACCCGGCGAGCGCGACGAGCGGCCGCCGGCCCUGAGUAUUCGUUGCCCUGCGCCCCGCGACCUGCCACUCGGCCGGGACAAUAGCCAGAGUGACCGACUCCUCAUCAAAGGUGGACGGAUCGUCAACGAGGACCAGUCCUUUUACGCUGAUGUCUACUUGGAAGAUGGGCUCAUAAAGCAAAUAGGAGAGAAUUUAAUCGUUCCUGGCGGAGUGAAGACCAUAGAGGCCAAUGGGCGGAUGGUCAUUCCAGGAGGGAUCGACGUCAACACAUACCUGCAGAAGCCCUGCCAGGGGAUGACCGCGGCCGAUGACUUCUUCCAGGGCACCAGAGCAGCGCUGGCGGGCGGGACCACCAUGAUCAUUGACCAUGUUGUUCCUGAACCCGGGUCCAGCCUGCUGACUUCCUUUGAGAAGUGGCAUGAAGCAGCUGACACCAAGUCCUGCUGCGACUACUCCCUCCACGUGGACAUCACAAGCUGGUACGAUGGUAUUCGGGAGGAGCUGGAGGUGCUGGUGCAGGACAAAGGCGUCAAUUCCUUCCAAGUCUACAUGGCGUAUAAGGACCUCUACCAGAUGUCCGACAGCCAGCUCUACGAAGCCUUCACCUUCCUCAAGGGGCUGGGAGCUCUGACCUUGGUCCACGCGGAGAACGGGGACUUGAUAGCUCAGGAACAGAAGCGGAUCCUAGAGAUGGGCAUCACCGGCCCCGAGGGCCACGCGCUGAGCAGACCUGAAGAGCUGGAGGCUGAGGCUGUGUUCCGGGCCAUCACCAUUGCUGGCCGGAUCAACUGCCCCGUGUAUAUCACCAAGGUCAUGAGCAAGAGUGCGGCGGACAUUAUCACCCUGGCCAGGAAGAAGGGUCCUCUAGUUUUUGGGGAGCCCAUUGCUGCCAGCCUGGGGACCGACGGCACCCACUACUGGAGCAAGAACUGGGCCAAAGCAGCGGCGUUUGUGACCUCCCCACCCCUGAGCCCAGACCCCACCACGCCUGACUACCUUACCUCCCUGCUGGCCUGCGGAGACCUGCAGGUCACAGGCAGCGGCCACUGUCCCUACAGCACUGCCCAGAAGGCGGUGGGCAAGGACAACUUCACCCUGAUCCCCGAGGGCGUCAACGGCAUAGAGGAGCGGAUGACGGUUGUCUGGGACAAGGCAGUGGCUACAGGCAAAAUGGACGAGAACCAGUUUGUGGCUGUGACCAGCACCAACGCAGCCAAGAUCUUCAACCUGUACCCAAGGAAAGGGCGGAUUGCCGUGGGCUCUGAUGCCGACGUGGUCAUCUGGGACCCGGACAAGGUGAAGACCAUAACAGCCAAGAGCCACAAGUCGGCCGUGGAGUACAACAUCUUCGAGGGCAUGGAGUGCCACGGCUCGCCGCUGGUGGUCAUCAGCCAGGGCAAGGUCGUCUUCGAGGACGGAAGCAUCCUGGUCAACAAGGGCGUGGGCCGCUUCAUCCCGCGGAAACCUUUCCCCGAGUUCCUCUACCAGCGCGUCCGAACCAGGAGUAAGGUUUCUGCACUGCAAGGGGUUUCCAGGGGCAUGUACGACGGUCCCGUGUACGAGGUGCCAGCUACACCCAAAUAUGCAACUCCCGCUCCUUCCGCCAAAUCCUCGCCUUCCAAACACCAGCCACCACCCAUCAGGAACCUCCACCAGUCCAACUUCAGCUUGUCAGGUGCCCAGAUAGAUGACAACAACCCCAGGCGUACGGGCCAUCGCAUCGUGGCGCCCCCCGGCGGCCGCUCCAACAUCACCAGCCUGGGCUGACGCGCAGGCGCAGAGGCGCCGAGUGCCGAGUGCCGGCUUGGGAGUGGCGCCGCUCCUCCCGCCCCUGUUUUCGGAGCCCACGGUUUCAGUUGGUGCUGAUGCGGGGGAGGCCGAAUGAGGCUCUUCCCUUUCUUGUUUAGGAAGAAGUGGUCCCAGUGUGGUGUGUUUGCUUGGAAAUGUUUGCCCACAGAAGCGUGUCACUCCGAGCCACCUCAGCAUGGUGUUUUCAUCCUCCCUCCCUCGUGAACCGCAGGUGUAGCCUCGUGUCGUCCGUCCCCUCCACUUCCGACGGCCGGCGGCCGGCGCGCUCCGCGGCGGUUCCUUCACGCCCUGUAGCAGUUCUAGGAUGUCCAUGCAUGUUACCGAGUUCCUGCCCGAGCCCGCGGGCGUCGCCAGCGCCAGGACUGUCGCGGUCCCAUGACUGCUGAAGUGAAGCUGUGCCCUCCCGCCCCGCCCGAGCCCGCCGCCCAGGCCCUCGGCCCUCAGGGGAGCCGUCCACCUGGUCACGGGAAACACCCUCCACGUCCUGCGUCGGAACCCCGUCCUGUGGCGCCUGCGACUCACCACCGUGUCCUUCUGGUCUGCGUGCGUUCUCCAGCCAGGCUCGCGCUCUGAAAGGGGCCUGCGUCCCACGGGGCCAGUGAUGGUGCGCUGACGGCUGCCCGGGUGGCCUGUGGCCUGCGGCCUGGGUCUCAGGAGGUCGACGGGGCCGUCAGAUUUUUAAAGUUUUGUACAGUUUUCCUUUGUAAUCACCCCCAUUUUUACUUACUAACUAACUGAUCGUGGCUCUUAUUUCUGAAUUCAAAGCUUGUGAAAAAUAAAAUAAACUGCCCACCAACGUGCUUGCGUGUUUGCUCGGGUUUGAUGAAAGCCUUGGCUCCCAGCCCUGUGAUAACCGACAGUGGGCAUGGCUUCCAGAGGAU